AUGGAUCAUACCAGAGACCCUUGUCCGUGGGUGGCAUUGAACGAUUUUGGAGGUGCCUUUUGUAUGGGAGGCAUCGGUGGAGCAGUAUGGCAUGGUGUUAAAGGAUUCCGAAAUUCACCAUAUGGGGAGAGAAGGAUUGGAGCGCUCACAGCUAUCAAAGCGCGAGCACCGGUAUUAGGGGGCAAUUUCGGAGUCUGGGGAGGACUUUUCUCAACGUUCGAUUGCGCGGUGAAGGGGGUGAGGAAGAAGGAAGAUCCAUAUAAUGCCAUCAUCGCAGGGUUCUUCACCGGAGGAGCUUUAGCUAUUCGAGGAGGUUACAAGGCGGCGAGAAAUUCCGCUAUUGGAUGCGCAUGUCUAUUAGCAGUUAUCGAGGGUGUCGGAAUCGGAUUCCAGAGAAUGAUGGCAGAAAACACAAGAUUAGACUUACCACCUCCCCCACCCCCAGCAGAAUCCGGCCAGACAGGCUUCCCAGCAAUCGCAUAA